CGUCUUUGUUCCUAUCAAGUCAUCCGUGACGACUUGGUUUUCUUGCCCAUCAGCUCAUUUUGUUUCAAGAGCUCUCUGUUUUUUUCAAUUUUCACUUGUUCACUUCACUUGUAUUCAACCAACACAAAUGAAAUUCUUGUAAUUAAAAAAAAAAAACACACACACACACACAAAGGAAGUUCUCUUCUACGGUUGGAUUUAAGAUGGCUGAUGCUGCAAUCGGGGUCAUUACUGGGGCGGUGCUGAAGAUGGCGAUUUCACUUGCUGGUGAGGAGCUAAGUCUUUCGUUGGGUAUAAAGAAGGAACUCAGAAAGCUAGCUGAGAAGCUGCAGAUGAUUGAAGCUUUGUUGUCUGAUGCACAAAGCAGGCAAGUAACCAGUGAAGCAGUUCGACUCUGGCUUAAAAAGCUUGGGUCAAUCACACUUGAUGCUCAGAUUGUGUUGGAUGACUUUGGCUACCAAGUCCUUCACCAGAAGAUCAAGUGUCAAAAGAGGGACAAGGUACGCAACUGGUUCUCAUCCUCGAAUCCUGUUUUUCUUCGUCUUGAAAUGGCUCAUGAGAUAAAGAAUGUUUUGUCAUCCUUGGAUGAACUUUUUGUGCUUUCAAAUGAAAUUGGGCUUCAGGCAGUGCAGUUGGUAAACUCACUUCCUGAUCUGAAAGAUAUAAGGUCAACAGUUCCUUAUGUGGAGGAUUCUAAGAUUGUAGGAAGGGAGGAUGAUGUAUUAAAGAUGAUGAACAUGUUAAUUGGUCAUGAGUACGAGGAGGACUUACCAGUUAUUACCAUCCUGGGCAUGGGUGGUCAGGGUAAGACAACCUUGGCUCAACUAAUUUACAAAAACGACAAGGUUAAAAGUCACUUUGAAAGGGUAAUAUGGGUUUGUGUUUCUGUUGAUUGUUGUGUUCAAAGAUUGUUAGGUGAAAUGUUACAGUCUCUCACAGGAAGGAGCCACGAAUUGACAAAUGUAGAAGCUUUGGUAAAUGAGCUUAAAGAUAAGCUAAGAGGUAGAAGAUAUUUGCUGGUACUUGAUGAUGUUUGGGAUUCUAAUGCGGACUUGUGGAGUCGCAUGAGAACAUGUUUACUUGAAAUUGAUGGUUCCAGAGAUAGCAAGGUGUUGGUCACUACACGCAGCGAGUACGUUGCUUCAGCAAUGAGAACAUCUGAGUGUCACCAACUCCAAAAACUUUCAGAAGACCAGAGUUGGUUAUUGUUUGAAAAAUGUGCAUUUGCAAAAGGAGGAGCAAGAAAUACACCACAGGUGAUGGAAGUAGGAAAAAUGAUUUUAAGAAGAUGUGGAGGUGUACCCUUAGCUAUAAAAACAGGUGGAGGCUUAUUGUACCAUAACAAUUCUGAGGCAGGGUUAUCAAUGAUUGAAAGAAGCAACUGGUGGAGUACAGAUGGUGGAGAAAACAUAGUUCUAUCAACCAUUAAGCUUAGUUAUGAUAAUUUGCCUUCACUCCCAGUCAAACAAUGUUUUGCAAAUUGUGCAAUCUUUGAGAAAGGCACUUCUUUGAGAAAGGAUUCACUUAUAGAACUUUGGAUGGCGCAGGGGCUGCUUACUCCUCCAGAGGGGAGCAACUUGCAAAUGGAGGACAUGGGAGAGAUCUACUUUAAUAUUCUUUUGAGGAACUCUUUGUUCCAAGAUGCUCGAAAGAUUUGCAAUACGGAACAUUGUCAGAUGCACGACCUUGUACAUGAUGUGUUACUUCAAGUGUCAGGACAACAUUGUCAAGGAGAUUGGAAGGUCGAAAGCAAUGAGAUUCGCGCCGUUUAUCUAUCAGUUACAUCAGAUGAAAGGGCAACUUGGAAUAGUGUGAAAUAUGCAUUUCCCUCGAAGUUGCAAACGCUUCGUCUAAAAGGUCUUGGACUUGGACUAUCUGAUCUUUUGUUUGAAAACCUCAAACGCCUCUCUGUUCUGAUAAUUGAAAUUUGGGAUGUAAAGACAUUACCAAAUUCUAUUGGCAAAAUGAAACAUUUAAGGCUUGUUGAUGUCAGUCGCACUUCCGUAAAGCAGCUUCCAAAGUCAUUCACACUGUUAUACUAUCUGCAAACCCUGCGAGUUCGCGAUUUGAAACAUGUGCCAAAGGGGUUCAUGAAUCUAAUUAACUUGAGACAUAUUCACUUGGAGGAUUCUUGGAUGUCUGAAGUUUUGUUUCCAGGAUUAAGUAAACUAAGAAAUCUUCAGACGUUGCCUUACUUUAAGGUGAGUAGAAGCAAAGGCUUCCAAAUAGAAGAGUUGGAACAUUUGGAUAAUUUAAGAGGCACGUUAAAAAUAUUGAGCCUUCAAAAUGUGAGGAAUCAUGAAUCAGCUCUGAAGUCCAACUUGUCCAAGAAGUUCGGCAUUCAAACUUUGGAACUCAAUUGGGAAAAGAGGGAGGAAGAAUGCGAUGACAUUGAUGUCAUCGAGGGUUUGAAACCACAUCCAAACUUGAAAAGUUUAAAGAUCAAUGGCUAUCAAAGCUCAAGGUUCCCAUCCUGGAUGAUGCCCGCGAAGCAUUUGCUACAUCUCUGUAACCUAGUGAGUCUAACACUAAAAAGGUUAGGUAAAUGUGAAAGACUCCCAUCACUCGGAGAUUUGCCUUGUCUCGAGCACCUGAUCAUACAAGAAUUAACAAAACUGAAGUGCAUCGAGAAGGAAUUUUAUGGUUGGUCAUCAAAUCUUGAGCGGAUGACAAAAGGCAAUUCUAGUAAUAGCUCAGGAAUCAUUACUGUAUUUCCAGCUCUAAAGAGCCUUGAGUUAUGUGGUAUGGACAGUUUCGUGGAGUGGUCCAAUGCAACUGAAAUCAUUCCACCAAUGCAUCCAUCAUCAUCAUCAUCAUUAUCAUCAUCAUCAUCCUCAAUUCAAGUGAAAGCGUUUCCUCAAUUGAAGAAUAUUACAAUUGUUAAGCUUCCGAGGUUGACUCUGUUUCCAUACUUAGGCAUCCUACCCAGCCUUGAGGAGUUGUAUGUAUCACGUUGCAAUAAUUUGACAAUUUCUUCUAGAAAUUGGAAUAUGGGGAGUAGACGAUUUAUUCAAGGAUUAGACAUUGAUAAUCAAAGGGAUUCAUCUAGACCUAUUGAUUCAGAAGAUAUCCAAGAUUGUUACUUCCCCUCCCUGCGGAGACUACAUCUCUUCUUUUGCGACAACUUUACAAAGCCAUUUUGCAGCCUCAUCAAGAGUUGGGCGCCACUUGAGACCUUGUCCAUCAUUUGCCACCCUAAUUCGGUGCCCAAGGAGGAUCUGCAUCACCUAACCAGCCUCGAGACAUUAAAACUAGAAGCCGUAGAAAACGACGAGGAACUUGAUUGUUAUCCUUGGCCGAAUGACAACAGUAGUUUUGUCUCGCUUAAGUCUCUUCACUUGUGCGGAUUCAAUUUGCAAAGGGUCGCGCGUCUCCCUGAUGAAAUGCAGUAUUUGCCCAGAUUGGCCACUUUAACUAUAACUGGCUUCGAUGGGUUGGAGGCUCUUCCAGAUUGGAUUGGUAACUUAGGGAGUCUCGAAACAUUGAGGAUUGAAGACUGCAAGAGUAUCAAACAAUUACCGGUGGAAGCAUUUCAACGGCUCGCCAACUUACGAGCCUUUACGAUUGACAAAUGUCCUCUUCUACAAGAACGAUGCAUUAGAGUAAAUGGCUCAGAAUGGCCCCGAAUCGCCAAAACUUUGGACCCGGUGGACCCGGAUGUCGUUAGAUGGGGUUUAAAUGUCCUGAACCAGCUGUAAGCAUGGGCGCUUGUGGUUUUCUAUUCCACUUUCAAAGUAUCUAGAUUCCAGACAUUCGAAAUUAAGCUUUGUUCCUUCCCUUUUUCAUUUCAAUGAGAGAGCUCAGUUGCUUUGAGUUUUUAGUUCUUGUGUGUUUUAAGAUUCUGGAGCUUUUGAGUUGUGGAAUUUCAUUAAUUUGCUAUAGCUGAUGUCAAUAGUAGUCU